AACCGUUUCUAAGCGAGCAGGUAAGAGGAACCUGUUUACGAAAUUUCAAGUAAAUCCGUUUGAGGGGUUCCAGAGUUCUCUUGAGAGAUGAAUGGAGGAAGGAGUAGUAGUUUGCUCUAGAGUCACAUGAAACAACGUCUCUAAUUACUCUUCGAGAUGAAUCAGUCUUUCCACAACUACGGCACAAUCGAAGGAGGUCCACCUCAGCUCAUUGAUUUAGAAUAAAUUAGAUCUACACUUUAUUCAUUCAACGCCUACUGGCACACGAGGCAUUUAGGGACACAUAAACCUUUUUUGAAUUGAACCUGGUGUUAUAACCUAUGUGAUCUAGACUGUCGCCUCGAUGUCCCCAGACUCGUAGCCUGCCCGUCGCCACCCCAUUAGGUACAGGCUCAGGUUUAGGUUUGGAUUUAAUCAGCUUCAAUAGUGAAAGAACGUCGAAAUCAUGCAAACCAAAGGGUAUUUAAUCGAGUAUCUUAACACAUAUUUAAAAAACAACAACAACACAUUUUUAUGACAAAAGUAACAGUAAACGCUUGAUCUUAAUAUAACGUAAUGGAACAAUUCAGUCAGCUAUUCGGCCAAUGAGACACUUAACCUAACCAUAACCUCUGUUAUCACACCGCGCUCCGCUGGGGCGAGCAGUAGUACAACUUGAGAGUCGAGAAAUUAAUGUUUAUGUUCAUUUAAGAAAUAAUCAGAAUGAAAUAGCUCCGUCCUUUUGAUGCUGAGAUGUUGUGGCUACUUGUUAAACAUAGCCUAGCAAUGGACGAAGCCAAAUUAAGAUUGGUAUACAAUGAUUGUGUAUUGAACUUUUGAAAGGCGAUUUUGGGGGGGGGGGGGAAUAAGUGAUCUAGAUCUAUGAUUGGAUGACUAAAUAUUAAAACAUAUGUAAAGAGUGGACUAAUUUGAGAACAGUGAUCUUUCUUCUUUCAAUACAGUAACGUCUGUACCAUAUAAGAUAAGACAAGAUCUGUUCCUCGGGAAGAGCAAAGCAUCAAGAAAUUAUUUGUCAGUACUUCUAGAAUUCACGGGUAAAAAAAUGUGUGUAGUUCGGGGCAUUAUUAUAUGCAACGGGUUACGAAGAUGUGUUUGUGCAUACAUGUACUCUAUAGGUAAUAAAAGGUUUCAACCGUAACGCAGAAUUCUUCCUUUUUUUUUUUGUUUACUUUUUCGUCUUACACCGUUUGACACUAAAUCUAAUUGAUUUCCGGUUAACCGUCGAAGUAAACAAGUGUGAAACUUUAAAUUUUGAUAUCUUAUCAUGGCAGAGAAAAGACUUGGAGAAUAAAACAUGGUGUUCUAUACAGAUACAUGUGUCUGCUUAACGGAACUAAGAAUUCCAUUUGUUUUCUGAUAGGAUCAGGAGUAGUACCAAGUCAUCAUACAUUUUUAAAGCUGUAAAGAAAGUCAGACAAAUCAAAGACUGGAUUCUUUCAAUGGUGUUAGUCUGAGCUUGAGUUCCAUGGAUCUUCAGUCACGUCAACAGUUUCAAUGUGUGCAUUGUAACAGAAGGUUCAGGAGAAGACAUUCUCUGACUGUUCACUUGAAAAAGUAUCUGCUGGUAUACACGUGUACUCUGUGUAACAAGUCGAUGUCUGUACUGGAGAGUUUGAGAGUUCAUUUAUGGUGCCACUUCCAAAAGGGGAACUUAUGCACUUUAUGUAAUAAGUCUUUCAUAAAGAUCUCUUUACUCAAGGUUCAUUUGUUACGGCACGUUCUGGCAGAGAGUUGCCCCUACACAUGUCGUGUAUGCAACAGGAUCUUCCUCCUGGAAAGGACAUUCAGAUGCCACCAGUUGGCGCAUCUCCAUAAGAAGUUCUACUAUUGUGAUUCGUAUGGUAAUAAGUUUUACUCCAAGUUUGCAUAUCAAAGGCACAAACUGGCUUACUGCCACAAAGCGCAGUACAUGUGCCUUGACUGUAACAAGAAUUUUAAAACACUCAAAUACACGAAGCAACAUAUGAAAGUACAUAUUAAGCCAUCAGAAAAACAAGUUCUGUCUUUAAGAUGUGAAUUAUGUUUUAAAAUACUUAGAUCUCGUAGUGGAUUGCAUAAGCAUCUAGUUUGUCAUAUCAAAAGUAAGCAGCAUCACAUUUGUACCGGUUGCCAAAGAUCAUUCGCGCUUUAUAAAAGACUGCAGUUGCAUCGUCUUCACUGUCACCAGUUGGCGCACCUUCAAAAGAAGUUCUAUCAGUGUGAAUCGUGUGGUAAGAAUUUUUACUCCAAGUUUAGAUUCCAAAGGCACAAACUGACUUACUGCCACAAAGCGCAGUACACGUGCCUUGACUGCAACAAGAAUUUUAAAACACUCAAAUACAUGAAGCAACAUAUGAAUGUACAUAUUAAGCCAUCAGAAAAACAAGUCCUGUCUUUAAGAUGUGAAUUAUGUUAUAAAAUAUUUAGAUCUCGUAGUGGAUUGCAUAAGCAUCUAGUUUGUCAUAUCAAAAGUAAGGAUCAUCACAUUUGUACGGGUUGCCAAAGAUCAUUUGCGCACAAUAAAAGACUGCAGUUGCACCAGCGUCUUCACUGCCACGUGUACAAGUGUCUCGACUGCAACAAGAAUUUGAACUCUCCUUAUUAUAUGAAACAACAUAUGAAUUCACAUAUCAAUCCAUCAGUUCCGCUUUUAAAAUGUGAAUUUUGUUUUGAUACUUUUAGAUCUCAUGCUCACCUGCAUGUACAUAAAGUUUUUUUUUGCAAAUAUAAGGGUACUCAAGGACCCACCAACCAAUCAAGCCAGUCGAUAGGCCCAUUCAAAAUACAAAACCGUUUGAACUCGAAUAAUUAUCAAUCUUACCGGUCUCAGCCUAAGAAAAACAAUAAUUACGGUACUUCUAGUCAGCCGAAAGAUAAUACAGACAUUCCAAUAGAAUCCCAUAAUUUGACAGGAAGCCGAAAAUUCUUAAGCGAUGUGGUCUUUCAGUGUCAACAGCGAUUUUCUGGCGCGUGCCCUCAGUUUUGUAACAAGAAAUUGGAAAGACACUCCGACAUGACGAAACAUUUACAUUCACAGAUGAAGUCAUCAGAAAUGAUGAGCAAGUAUAAUACCCUGAGAGCAGCCAGAGAAUCAAAUCAGUCAAUGACCUCAUUCAAUAUACAUAAAGGUGUUCACCUUAACGAAUAUCCACCUAAACAAAUACAAAUCCAUCAGCAAGCUUUUCGUUCCCAUAGGGGUAGACAGACUAUGAACAUGAGCGCCAUGCGCGUAACUUCUAAAAAUCAUAAGGCUCAGUUUUAUUAUUGCCAAAUUUGCCUCCAGUCUUUCCUAGCUGAGUCUGAUUUAAAGAGACACCUGCUACUUCAUGGCGCGAAUGAGUGGCAUAAUCAUGGACAGAAUUAUUACAUUUUCCGCUUGGGUAAUGAGAAUUUCGCUACCAGCUCCUCGCUCAACAAUUGCAUUGACAGGCGUUCAGAUCUGACAAGACUGAACCAGAAGCUGAUAGAGGAAACCACGUUUCCCCCGUUGCACUGGGACGCAAAGGCUCAUGUGAUGCCUGAUUGUUCAUCUUACGGCCCUGACAGAGUCCACAAUUUGCAGGGACUACUACAUGGCCCUGACAGGGCCCACAAUAUGCAGGGACCACAACAUGGCCCUGACAGAGUCCACUAUUUACAGGGACUACAACAUGGCCCUGAGAGAGUCCACAAUUUGCACGGACUACAACAUGGCCCUGAGAGAGUCCACACCAUGCAGGCGCCAUGCUUUACAGAGAAAAUUACGGCACAUGUAUUCGAACACUGUCUUUACAACGGCAUGGAAAAAAGAAUCCUUCCCAUGAUCCCCAUGAUGUAUGAUCAUGCCAUGCCGUAUAAUUAUCACAAUGGACUUAAAUGUAACAGAGAGAGCUUCUCAAAUCAAUUUACCCUGCCUCAAUUCUAGAUUUUAAUCUGGAAAGUCCAAUGGAAGGAGUAGAAACUCUUUGAGAAUAGAAUGCUGUGAGAUUUAUAGUCCAGCAUUCUUAUUGAAGCACCAACAAGAGUUAUAAAUAUCAUAGGAUAUUUUGUUUUUAAAAAAACAUAAAACAAAGGGUCUUAGUAAAACAUAUUGCUCACUACAUUCUCUUGCCAGUUUCUCUAAUUGUUCUUAACUCUUCUUUUAGUUUAAUGCGUCACCAUGUUCCAUUCAUAGGCCUGUGUGUUCUGGGCAUCCCAUUCAUAGGCCUGUGUGUUCUGGGCAUCCCAUUCAUAGGCCUGUGUGUUCUGGGCAUUCCAUUUAUAAACCAUUCCAUUUACAAGCCUGUGUGUUAUGGGCAUUCCAUACAAAAGCCUGUGUAUUCUGACUAUUCCAUUUAUAGGCCUGUGUGUUCUGGACAUUCCAUUUAUAGGGCUGUGUGUUCUGGGCAUUCCAUUUAUAGGGCUGUAUGUUUUGGGCAUUCCAUGUAUAGACAUGUAUGUUCUGGCCAUUCCAUUCAUAGGCCUGUGUGUUCUGACCAUUCCAUUUAUAGGCCUAAGUGUUCUGGGCAUUCCAUUUAUAGGCCUAUGUUGCAUUGUUGAGUACUCUGUAGUAGUCCGUAUUGUUAUUCACAGAUAUUAGGGUCAUUAUAUGGGUUAAAAAUGGGAUUUGUUUCAGAUCUAAAUUACAUAUUUUGUUUUAUUUCCAAAUUGUGUGUGUGUGUGUGUGUU